AGGGAUCACGGACUAAUGGGUCUCGGCUCAGUUCUGGUUCGGGUUCGGGUCCCGCGGUGUCAGAGAGGAUCUCCUGGACCCAUCUGGUCCGGGUCCGUGCGUCAGAGCGCGCGGAGGGGCGGCGCGUCUCCGGAGGUGAUCCCCGCGUUUAAAAAGAGCCGGAGUUUCUCAGUGCGUCACAGAGACCCGGCAGAACCAGGAUCCCCCAGAACCACGAGCCGAACCUCCUCCCUGAAGAAACCCGGCUCGGUCCUGGUUCGGUUUGAUUUCCCUUCUUUUUUAUAUAUUUUUGCGUUUUUGUUUUUAUUUUCUUGUUCGGGAGUUUUGUUUUCCAGAACCAGAACCAGCUGCGGGUCCGGAGAGGGAGAGGAGGGAGGACCCAGCUGCGGAGGAUUUAUGGAGGAGGACCGGUACCAGUCCGAGUCCAGAGUCUGAACUGUUCUGGUCCUCAGGAGGACAUCAUGAAGUCUGCAGAAGAAGAUGCGUUCGGCUUCACACCGAACAUCAGCCUGUCUCUUCCUCUGGGGACCCCCUGCCUCCCCUCCCAGUACCACAGCCUCCAGUCCAGUCCCACGGUCUCGGUCUCGGAGCCCCCGGUCUUUGAGUCCCCAGACGACCCGAGAGUGGCGGGUUUUUAUCCUGGACUCCGGCCCAACGGAGCCCCGACCCUGGAGAGUCCUCGCAUCGAGAUCACGGCCUACGGUCAGUUCCCGGAGGAGGAGGUGGAGGGGAACAGCCACCCGGUGGCCAAGCGGGUCAACUCCGUCAUGACCCUGACCCUGCCCAGCGCCGACGGGUACCGUGACCCGAGCUGCCUGAGCCCGGCCAGCAGCGUGUCGUCCCGCAGCGGUCUGUCCGACGCCUCCUACGAGUCCAGCUUCUCCUACAACUACGACAACUCGUCCCAGAACUCGCCCUGGCAGUCCCCCUCUGUGUCGCCCAAAGGCUCCACCCUCGCCCUGCCGGGUGAGGGCGCAGCCUCCGGCGGAUCCCCUCGCCACUCCCCCUCCACCUCUCCUCGAACGAGCGUGACGGACGACACCUGGCUGGGGCCCCGGGGGUCCAGGCCAAGCUCCCCCUGCRGAGCCAAGAGGAAGUACAGCUUGAACGGCAGUGAGGUGUCUCACAAGAGCUUCCCCUACUCCCCCACCCACUCCCCCGGCCUGUCCCCMCAGACCUCCCCCCGCCUCAGCGUGACCGAGGAGAGCUGGCUGCCCAACACCAACCAGUACACCAACUCCGCCAUCCUGGCAGCCAUCAACGCCCUGACCACCGACGGAGACCUGGGGGAGGGCAUCCCCAUCAAGGCCCGGAAGACCAGCCUGGACCACAGCCCCACGGUGAGCCUGAAGGUGGAGCCUGGAGGCCAGGACCUGAGUCCAGGUGACCUCUGCCAGGACGAGCUCUCUGCAAACAGACUGGCCCUGAAGAAGGAGGGCUUCUGUGGGGGCUUCCUGGAUGUUCCACAACACCCGUACUCCUGGUCCAAACCCAAACCCUACAUCAGCCCAUCUCUGCCCGCUCUGGACUGGCAGCUGCCGUCCAGCUCCGGUCCAUACAGCCUGCAGAUCGAGGUCCAGCCCAAGUCCCACCACCGAGCCCACUACGAGACCGAGGGCAGCCGGGGGGCCGUCAAGGCCCUGGCAGGAGGACACCCCGUUGUUCAGCUCCAGGGCUACAUGGAGAGCGACCCCCUGACCCUGCAGCUCUUCAUCGGCACGGCUGACGACCGGCUGCUGAGGCCCCACGCCUUCUACCAGGUCCACCGCAUCACGGGCAAGACCGUGUCCACGCCGAGCCACGAGGUCCUGCACAACAACACCAAGGUCCUGGAGAUCCCCCUGCUGCCUGAGAACAACAUGCGGGCCAUAAUCGACUGCGCCGGGAUCCUGAAGCUGCGUAACUCUGACAUCGAGCUGAGGAAGGGAGAGACGGACAUCGGGAGGAAGAACACGCGUGUUCGGAUGGUUUUCAGAGUCCACCUGAACCAGUCCACAGGCAGGACCCUGUCCCUGCAGGUGGCCUCAAACCCCAUCGAGUGCUCCCAGCGAUCGGCCCAGGAGCUGCCCCUGGUGGACAAGCAGAACCUGGAGACGGGUCGGGCCUGCGGGGGGGACAGGAUGCUGCUGGACGGCCUCAACUUCCAGCACGACUCCAAGGUGGUGUUUGUGGAGAAGGCUCAAGACGGUCACCAUCUCUGGGAGGCAGAAGCCAAAGUGGAGAGAGACGCCUCCAAACCUAACUUCCUGCUGGUYGAAGUCCCGCCCUACAGAACCCAGCACCUCUCAGCUCCGGUCCACGUCAACUUCUACGUCUGCAACGGCAAGAGGAAGAGGAGUCAGUACCAACGGUUCACCUUCAUCCCUGCAGCAGUCCCAACCAUAAAGRCGGAGCCUCACGAUGACUUCGACGCCCCCCUGGUCUGCAGUCACCGUGGUUCUGGACCACCUCUGCACCCCAAGCCGUUCUACCCCGCUCCGGUCGUGACCCCGAUGACCUCUGACCUGCGAGCGACAGUGGGCGGGGCUUACUCCGUCUGCCAGCAAAGACCGCCCACCAAGCCGGCCCCUCUGACCCCCUCCCCCAGCACCAGCCCCAARCUGCAGGACCUGACUCCGCCUCCGUUCUCCAAGGGUCUCCACCUGCCGGGCCCCCAGUCCCAGGUCCCUCACGUGUCCAUCAUCCAGGAGACUCCGGGCCGGUUCCCGCCUCCAGACCUCCUCCCGCCCAGCACCUCCUCUUCUCCUGCCGCCUCCUCACAGACCCCCAGCCCGACUGACACCCCCUACUCUCCACCGCAGCUCCCCAAGGUGGCAGACAGGAACCGGACCGAGGGCAGCCCCCCCGCUCUGACUGUUAGCAUCAAACAGGAACCCCAGGAACUGGACCAGGUCUACCUGGAUGAUGUGAACGAGAUCAUCAGGAACGACCUGUCCAGCAUCUCCGUCCACAGCCACACAUAGUCCAGCCCGACCCAUCAGAACCACCUACAGAACCUUCAGAACCACCACACCCACCUACAGAACCUCCAGCAGGACCGGCAGAACCCAAACAGGAAGUAAAGGUUGGGACAGUUUCCUGUCAGACUGCAGCAGGAAGCAACAAGCUGUAAAUAUUUCUACAGAGGUUCUGGUUCUGGUUCUGGUCUUUUACCUGACCUGAGUGACCUUUGACCUCCAGCAGGUCGACCUGGUUCCAGAUCAGUUAAGUGCCUUUUGGACCCGAAACCUUUAAUUCAGUUUAACUCAAAUUAGAACCAAAAGUUCUGAAGUUUAACCAAAGUGUUUGUUUGUUUGUUUGUUUGUUUGUUUGUUUGUUUGUUUGUUUGUUUGUUUGUUUGUUUAAAUAUGAGUGCCUUCAUCUCCACGAUCGGCU